AUGGCUUCCUACCAAACGGGCAGCGAGGCCUAUACUCGCGAAAACCAAACAUCAGCCCCCGCGGCCCCGCAAGCUGCCUGGGCCGACAAGUACCGCGGGGCUACCGUUGAAGACCUCGAUCCUCCUCUUGCGCUGUCGGUCUCUCCCAAUGACCCCGUCUCUGCUGCCCUGAUGGCCGCCUACGAGCGCGACUACACCCACCUCACCGUCACCGACGCGGCGAAGCGAUCCCUCCUCGGCUACCUGAGCAUUCCCCGGUUAAAGGAGCUCCUCCAGAAGGGUGCAGUCAAGGAUACCGAUGCAGUUGCCACGGCCAUGCAGCGCUUCAACCGCAAGCGUGGCAUCUACCAGGUGAUCACCAUGGAGACGCCAUUGGAGGAGCUGGAGCAGUUCUUCGAGAGCGAGACGGGUCCCAACGGCGAGAAGCGUGAGAAGCAGCAAUUCGCCGUUGUGACCGACGUGACACGCAAGUUCGUGCUCGGUGUCGCGACCAAGGCCGAUCUGGAGGAGUUUGUCAAGCGCCGACCGGCGUGA